ACUCCCUUGUGCAUCACCUUGCACCCCGGUAUGUUUGCCCUACCAAACCGACGAAACCGAAAGAAACCGAAGAAAUGUCCGCAGUGUGAGAAGGUAGUGAGAAAGAGGCUUUCGCCGGGGAAAAGUCCGACCUUAGCCAUAAAGAAAGAGAAAGGCCGACCUCUACAGAAGCAAAAACUGAAACCCUUUCACUGCGAUCAGUGCGGCAAAAGCUUCGGCUGGUGGUCGGCCUUCAACAUUCACCAGCGGAGACACACUGGGGAGAAACCCUACGCCUGCACCGAGUGCGGCAAGAACUUUACAUGGUGGUCGGCCCUCAUUAUCCAUCAGCGCACCCACACCGGGGAGCGGCCCUUCCAGUGCCCGUCCUGCGGCAAGUGCUUCAGCCAGAAACCCAACCUCGUCCGGCACUUGCGCCGGCACACCGGGGAAAAACCCUAUCAGUGCAACGAGUGCGGGAAGAGAUUCACCCAGAAGCAACAUCUGUCCAAACACCAUUACCAUUAA